UGCAUUACUAAUGUUAGAUUUUUGUGUGAUUACUACCUAACCUGAACUAUUUCAGUUGGUCUUGGUGAGUUGAUGAACUUAAUGAUAAGCACUCUGUCCAGAAGUUCCUAGACCAAGUUGAUUGUCUCCACUGUUGGUCAGAAGCUGAUUCUAUGCUUAGUCACAUUUGUUUUUAAGAGGCAGAAUUGAUUUGUAAGCAUCUCACUAGGACUGAGGGGCCUCCCAUGAAAGAGUGUCAAAAAGUUUCGGUUAUUCUAAGCUUUUCUCUAUGACUGAAUGGAGGUAAAUAACUGGAAAAUUGUAAGGUUUGCCCCAUUUAUCCUUUAAAAACCAAAUAAGUUCUGAUUUAUCAAGCUUGAGUGGUUCAGUGCAUUGUUCCCUUGCCUCUGAACCAGAAGAUGGCAUGAAAUCCAACUCUAAAAUGUGCUGGCUGUGAAAGAUCUCUCCCCCCGCCCCCCAAUGCAGCUUAUGUCUGUCCCUAGCCUGGAAAGGUUGGGAGCAAGUGGAAGGCCUUUCAGUUGUCUGAAGUGCCAACUGAAUUUGGUGUUGCAUAAUGGCCCCACGCAAGGUGGGUAAAGCGAAGGCACUGUUUGCAUUUGAAAGACUGAUGGAAACAGGAUCACAAAAUUGACAAGGCAAUUACAAUAUCUAACUUUGCUUGCCCCACCUCCCAAGACCAAGACGUCACAACACAGUGUGGAAGGAUGGAAGAUAUGGCUAGUCAUGGCUGUUAUUUGCUCAUCCUGAGCAUCGUGAUUGGGACAUUGCUUCAGUCAACACAGUCAGUUGGCUGGAAUACAGUGCCACGCAAAACUGUGCGACACAGUGCACUAAAGGGAGUGAAACACUUCUCCAAACCCAAUGUCUACAAUUACACAACCCUGCGACUAGAUGAAGAUGAACAGAUUCUGUAUGUCGGUGCUCGAGAGGCAGUCUUUGCACUCUUCGUGCAUGAUGUUACCAAGGAGGUGAAAGAAGCGAUUGUUUGGGAUGCCCCUGUUGAGAAGAAAAUGGAGUGUGUUCAGAAGGGGAAGAACAAUCAGACUGACUGCUUCAAUUACAUUCGCUUCCUGCAGAACUUCAACAGUACUCACCUAUAUAUCUGCGGGACCUAUGCCUUUCAGCCCAGGUGCACGUAUAUUGAGGUGCAAAAUUUCACUUUAAACCAAAUGGCCAUGGAAGAUGGGAAAGGCAAGUGCCCUUAUGACCCUGCAAAAAGUCACACUGGUCUGAUUGUGGAUGGGGAGUUAUAUUCUGCUACGCUGAACAACUUCCUUGGCACAGAACCAGUUAUUCUGCGCAACUUGGGGCCUCACUACUCUAUGAAGACGGAAUAUCUAGCGUCCUGGCUCAAUGAACCAAACUUUGUUGGCUCCGCAUAUGUCCAAGAAAGUGCCGACAGUGCGAUGGGGGAUGAUGAUAAGAUCUACUUUUUCUUCAGUGAGAGAGCUGUUGAGUACGACUGUUACAAAGAGCAGGUGGUGGCCAGGGUUGCUCGUGUGUGCAAGGGUGACAUGGGUGGGGCUCGAACUCUUCAGAAAAAAUGGACAACUUUCUUGAAGGCCCGCUUAUUGUGCUCAGUCCCCGAGCUACAGCUUCACUUCAACAAGAUCCAGACUACUUACACACUGAAUGAUGUCACUUGGCAGAAGACUGUGUUCUUUGGUAUCUUCCAGGCACAAUGGGCUGAUGUGGACAUGUCUGCUGUCUGCCAGUACCGGAUUGAAGACAUUCAACGUGCCUUUGAUGGACCUUUCAAAGAAUACCGGGACCAGGCACAGAAAUGGGGCCGAUACUCUGACAAAGUGCCAAGUCCCCGGCCUGGAGCAUGCAUCACAAACAACCAUAGGGAGCUUGGUUAUAACACUUCACUCGAGUUGCCUGACAACACCCUUAACUUCGCGAAGAAGCAUCCACUGAUGGACGAUCUCGUUCAACCUGUCGGACAUCAACCUCUACUCAUCCAGAAAAACAUUAACUACACACAGAUUGUGGUGGACUGGGCAUUGGCUGUGAAUGGGAAUCAGUACAUAGUCCUCUUCAUUGGGACAGGUAGAGGAUGGCUGCACAAGGCUGUAAUGAUUGGUUCCCAGAUACACAUUAUUGAAGAGCUCCAGCUAUUUGAGGACCCUCAGCCAGUUGAAAACUUAGCCAUCUCCAAGAAGAAAAAACUCCUGUUUGCUGGAUCUCGCAGUCAGGUUGUUCAGGUGCCGUUUGCAGACUGUGAGAAGUACAGAAGCUGUGUGGAUUGCAUCUUGGCAAGGGACCCAUACUGUGCCUGGACAAAGUGGGGAUGCAUGAGCGUUGAUGAAUCAUCUGGAUUUCUUGAUAUGGUACAGGAUGUUGGCUUUGCUGAUGUCACGCUGUGUCGUCACCCUCCAGGUGUUGUGAAAAUCAAGAACCUGACUGUUGUAGCUGGCACUACCAUCCUCUUGCCAUGCCAACUCAUCUCCAACCUGGCUGUACCCAAGUGGAAAUUUGAAGAGCGAGAUCUUGCUGAAGUAUCUUACGACAACUAUGAAGUUCAGUCCAAAUCUCUGUUAAUAUCAGACAUACAGAUCCAACAAGGUGGCAUUUAUUUGUGUUUCUCUGUUGAGAAACAUGAGCCAGAUUUGGUGGGAAAGUACUUGCUCAAUGUUGUAUCCAAUCCUGCCAUGACCCUGGAAAGCAGAGCGGCAGUGAGCAAUUUUGGAUUGGUUUGGCUUAGUGUGUUUGUCCUGGGAGUGGUUUGCCUCUGCUUGCUGUGCGCAGUUAUCUACCUGAACCGCAAGCUUAGGGAGCGGCUGGAGAAACCAGAGGUGACCAAGGAAGUAGAGUGUGUUCAUGCUUACCCCACAGAGCGUAUCCUGCCAAAAGAGGUUCCCAAGGGUACCAAGUUCAUACCUAGUCAGACAUCGAACUCUGAUGAAAAGCUGUGGGAGUCACCUUCGUAUUAUUACUCUGAUGGCUCCCUGAAAAUUGUACCUGGCCAUGCCCUGUGCCAGAAUGGGAGCUCACCAUCUCACAAUGGCACUGCUAAUGGAAUUCCUGGGCAGCCCCUACCCACGGCUGUCCAGUCACCCACCCGUCUCAAUCUGGCAAACAUUCGUGGUGCAAAUACAAAUGGUUAUAUCCGGCUGCAGCUAGGAGAGGAUGGUGUGGACCCAUUCUCUGAAGAGUUAAGGAAGAAGUUGAAGCAGCGUCAGAUGUUGCCUGAUGCGAAUCCAGAGGAGUCCUCGGUGUGAGCAAUGGCUGGAUUUCCACUUGGCAGAAGGCUACCUCAUCUUUUGUGUAAAUAGGACAAAUGAUAAACAAACACUGAAUUAUGGAGUCAAUGAAGACUAUGUAUAUACUCUGCAAGAUACACACCUGCUUUGAAAAGAUUAACAAAUCAGAUUGCGUACUGCAGAAGUGCCCAAAACAUAAUGCAUUAACUUAACGCAAUGUCUAUAUACACUGUACUGAUCAUCUUUGUCACCAAACUUGGUGUUAAACCGUGAACAGGAUGAGUGACUCCCCAAAUGAGGGUCUGUUUGCUGCUUUGUGGUGAUUGGUGUGAUUCACAGUGGCUGCUGCAGUAUCACGUAAGUUAAAUGUAACAACUUGUUGAGGGUUUUGCUGAAUUGGCCCCAAAUUUAAUAGUUUUCACAAAGUGAAAGCAUGAAGCUGAAGUUGUGGUCAAGUCUUCAGCUAGUUUUGCUGUUAAUUGGGUCUGGACUGGCUGAGAAUUUUUUGAAAUGAACUGCCAACAAUGGUGAGCUUUUGAGGUUCAUAGCAGUGGUUGUCUGCUUUGUGUCACUGUUGGUGUGAGUACAAGUGAGCUCACCUGGUGUGUGUUCAACUCCCAUCCAUGGGUUAUUUGGGGGGUGGUAUUUCGAAUAUGUUGUUCUAGUUGCAGUCUUUUUCUCUAAUCUGAUCACAUUGAACUGAUGAAGCAGAGUAGGUUAGAAACAGAACUGGAAGUUCUGUUUCCAAUUAUGUGCUUUCUCUGAAUCAUGAAACAAUGUGUUUUGUUGCUUGUGAUAACUGUCUGCAUUGGUUAUGUCUACCCAUGUUAUGUCGUGUAUCCCUGGAUUCUGUUGCAUCUUCUUAUGGUAUGUUCCUCAUCUAAUUCUGCUCCAUUUUUUUCUUAGUUGAAUUUAAGAGUGGACCAGAAGCGGCUGCAGUGAAGCUAACAGAUUAUUCUUGGUGUUAAAGUUCAAAGAUGGGCAUUGCGCUGAGUCAAAAUCGUCGCAGUGUCAAGACCACAGCAUGUGAUGCUGAAACAAAUGCUUAUUUUCACACCACAAGGUUAUUGGUUCUCUUGAUUUGGGAAUGAAGUGAGUGGUCUGUUAGUGAUGUCUUCUGAUUAUGACCUGCUCAGGGUGCCUUGCUGGGUGAUCUUGUUAAAAUGCCCACCAGUUGCUGCUCAUUGGUGUCAAGGACAAGUGCAACUUUGAUACAUGGUUCCAGAAUAGAGACAACCUUUUGGCUUUUGCAUCAGUUUCAUGAAGAGUUGGCUUGGUUUUUGUCUAAGUGCACACAGAAUUUUGGGAACAAAUCAACCGCUAAGAUUUUAGGUGGUCUCUGUACAAACAUAGUACAGGAUUUGGUUUGAGAUGUGUUUGUAACCAAAUCAAAUGUGGUUUUCAAAGUGCAUGUUUGACAGACAGUGAAUCAUUGGUGUUGAGGUUUCAGUCAGUGAUUAGCAGUUGUCAAAUGGUAACGAGUCAUGGAGACCUUCAUGGGAAUUGGAUAUGUAUAGAAUGAGGAGCAUGCUUCUUUGUUAGAUAUUGUUUGCUUAUUGUCAGUGGCCAAUGCUGAAGUUUGGUGAAGAUGUUAGACAAGUGAUGCUUUUGAAGAGAAUCCUUGAUUUCUGGACAAACAUCGUGUUUAGAGGGUGCUCAUGGUGGCAGUGUGAUCAGAGGUUUAGGAUGGUAAUGUUAGGAUGGAUAGCAAGUUCAUUGGAGAACCAUUGCAGCUGUGUUUUGAGUGCAGUGUACAUACUGUAAAUCUGCAUAUUGUUGUGAAGACACUACGAAGUUUCUGGUCUAUGGUUUGAGGUAGUGUUUGGUAUACUGAUUGGAAUGAGGGAAAAGCAUGUGUUCAAGCUUGGUAAGGGAAGAAUGCAGUGUGUAGUUCAGAGGGCAGAUGUGGGGAGAGUGUGCAACAGUUAAUGGCUCCUGGACUUGAAAUGUUAUUGGAAUAGGUGUAUGUUUUACAAAUGCAAAGUUAGUUGGUGGAAGAGGAAUUCGGUCAGAACCUCUGUGCAUUAGGUUCACCCAACUGUUUAAUUGGUGUGUCCAAGAGGGAGGUAAAAAACGGAAGUGCUUCUUCUGCCCUUGUUGGGGGGAGGGAAGCAUGAGCAAAGAGUUGUGAAUUUUUGUUAGCACAUUAUGCAGGAUGUGCUGGCAUCUGAAGUUCCUCACUUGUACUUUAAAAUGUAAGUUAUUGAGCUCAGCAUGUAAUUUAAGUCUUGUACAGUCUAAAAUAUUUAAAAUAUUUUUAUAACAAUUUUAAAAGGAUUAAAAAUAAAUGAUACACUGUAUCCAA